CAGUAAUAGGAUCCGGAAGUCCGGCCCCUUUUGUUAACAAAUGAAACCCCUCAAUUAUUUCUAGACUGUUAACUUUUUAGAGGGUUUAACUUAUUUAAAAAAAAAAAUUAGAGGGUUUAAAAAAACAAAGAACAAACCCACUCGUAAAACUAAAAACCCCACGCCUCUUUCAUCAAAUUAUCUCCUUCUCUCACUCACACUAAAAUCAAAGGUGAUAGAUAGAGAUGAUGUUUCUGCGACAAGCCGCGGCUAAUUUGGUUAGAAGAAUCCGAUUCAGUACUUCUCCAACCGCAAUGUCUUCAACUCCAACCCGCAAUGUCUUCCCCAUUCCUUCACUCUCCAGAAAAAUGAAAUUUUCUUAUAAAUUUGGUUCCGGAGACUAUACUUGGAGUACGAACCAGAUGAACCAUCAUCUAUGGAUUGUUAUAUGUGGGAAUUCUGCAAUAAUUCUUGGGAUAAAUGCUAAUCCUGUCUUCGCAAAAGAUAUCUCAACUGAAUCAAGUUUUGAAAGUAGCGCUGAAGGGGAUGGCAUAAUUGGAUUACGCAAGGUUGAGGAUGGCUCUAUCAUAUCAAACAUACAUACAUCUAAAUGGAGAAUUUUUACGGAUAAUGGGAGGGAUUUCUUCUUGCAGGGAAAAAUUGAGGAGGCUGAAAAGUUAUUCCUUUCUGCGAUACAAGAAGCAAGAGAAGGUUUUGGCGAGAGGGAUCCACAUGUUGCAUCUGCAUGCAACAAUCUGGCGGAGCUGUAUAGAGUUACGAAGGCAUUUCAUAAAGCAGAACCAUUGUUUUUGGAGGCCACAAACAUACUGGAGGAAUCAUUUGGUCCUGAGGAUAUACGGGUGGGAGCUGCUCUUCACAACCUUGGGCAGUUAUAUCUUGUGCAGCGAAAGUUGGAAGAAGCUCGUGUCUGCUAUGAGCGUGCUCUAAAGAUUGAGGGGCGUGUUCUGGGAUAUGGCCAUACAGACUAUUCUGAUACUAUGUAUCAUCUUGGAAUGGUGCUAUAUCUGCAAGGAAAGGAGAAGGAUUCUGAGGCUCUAAUUCAGGAUUCCAUUAGGAUACUAGAGGAAGGUGGCCAAGGGGAAUCUUCUGUUUGUAUCAAGAGAUUACGAUAUCUUGCUAAGAUCUAUCUGAAGUCUAAUCGUCCCACAGAAGCUGAGAAUUUGCAGAGAAAGAUACUGCAUAUAAUGGAAUUAUCAAAGGGAUGGAAUUCUUUGGACACUAUUAUUGCAGCUGAAGGGCUGGCCAUGACCCUACAAUCAGCUGAGAACUUAAAGGAAGCACAGGAGCUCUUUGAAAGGUGUCUUGAUGCCCGGAAAAUGUUACUUCCAGAAGAUCAUAUUCAGAUUGGUGCCAACAUGCUUCACAUUGCUAGGGUGGCAAUGCUUAAUUGCAACAGACUAAGGAAGUUGGAUAUUUCUGGUGCAAUUUCUGAGCUUGAAAAGGCAAAGGAUCUUUUAGAAAAUUCCAUAAGGAUUGCACAACGAGUUUUGGAUAAAUUGAUUAAACAAAAAGUCAUCACGAAAGGUUAUGGUGCACGUGGAGAAACAAGGAGGGAUGGCCGUGUGGCAUUACUCAUACUGUUGCAAUCAUUUGAUGCUCUUGGCCAUCUAGAGAUUACCAAGCAAGAGUUACAAGAGUCUCGGGUUAGUAAUCAAGUGGAGCACUCACCUGUUGAAGUUGAGAGAGCACUUUUCCAAUGCAUUUCUGCUUACAGAGAGUUUGGAGCUGAGAGGUCGAUUUCUGACUUUCCUGAAGUGAAGGGCCAGUAUCUUUCCUGUUUGAAACGCUUGAUAAGCUAUAGCAGUACUGUAGGGACACAAAGAUUAAAAGGGGAAACUUUACAAGAGCUGGAAGAUGAAAUCAAGCAUCUGGAAGUUGAAAUUUCUCCUUAUAGGAAACAGAAAAACUAAGCUGGUGCUGGAUUUUGUUGCAGUAGCAGCAACAGUUACAGCACUUAUGCCACCUGCCAUUCACAAAUGUUUCCUUGCAUAAUUCUAUUAACUCUCUUUUGUCUUCAUAACUUUUAAAAGGAAAAAAGAAAAGGAAAAAAAGAAAGAAUUUUAGAUAUUCCUUUGUCAAUAAAUCAGAGUAGCCCAUGCCCUCCUAUCAGCAAAGUGGGAUUUUGGUGUGAAGUACACGGGAUUCUUGCAAUAAGGCCAGCAAGAAAUUGUUAUUUUAUA